UCGUCUCAAUACCCUUCAAACCAAUCCCACUUUAUACCACAAUGUCCCAGUCCAACGUCGGUAACGCUCAGGUCUACGAGGCCGGUGACCAGCGCAACUACAAAGACUCCGAGAUCGAGGAGGCAAAGAAGGAGAACCGCUUCCACGAGGGCAAGGAGAACUCUCACUUGGCCAACGAUGCCAAGGAUGAGCGCACUAUCGCCAACAAGCUCGAACGCGAGGCCAAGCGUGAGAAGGAGGACGAUGACAAGCUGAGCGAGGAGGACCGUCUGCGCAAGAUUGACGCUACAUUGCCCGCAAAGCUUCACGGCAACGAGCCCAGCAAAGGAGCCAAGCUCGACCAGGAGCUGAGGGAAGAGGAGCAGGCUGAGCUCGAGCGCAAGGGCAAGGCCUAAUUGCAUCGUGCCGGUAAAAGGUUGAUGCUAAGAUACCCUAUGUGAAGAAUGACCAGCCACUGCGGCGGCAUUAAUGAAAUGAAGUAACGACCAAACAAAAUCUGCCUAUGGCAUUGUGAAAUGAAUCAUUUGUAUACAUCGACAUUGUACGACACCAGAUUUUCGUCUGCGAUACCG